UUUUUUUAACAUACUUUAUAGUGCAAACAUGUCAAAGACAGAUACUACAACACAACCUAGUUGUUCCACUACAUUAUUUGAGCUUCUAACAGAAAUGAAGAACCAAUCCUACAUAGAGCAAUCCAAUUUCCAACCAAAAUCACCAUCAAAUUUCACCUCAGAAUGCUGGUUUGACGACGCGUGCAUUCUAGACAUGGAUUACUUUGUGAAAACACUUUCUGGAAUCAAAGCAAAAGGCGUUCGUGCCGAUUUAAUCGGUUCCAUUAUCACACACUAUGCCUCCAAAUGGCUACCUGACUUAGCUGAAAAGGGUCUAACACAAUUUGAAGAUACAUCGUCGUCACCCGAGAGUAUAACAGCUUUAUGGAUGAAGAAAAGGUUCUUUGUAGAAACCUUAGUUAAUGUUCUACCACCAGAGAAAGAUUCAAUUCCAUGUAACUUCUUACUCAGGCUAUUAAGAACUGCUAACAUGGUUGGUGUUGAUGGAAGCUAUAGACAAGAGCUUGAGAAGAGAAUUUCAUGGCAGUUAGAUCAAGCUUGUCUGAAAGAACUUGUUAUACCUUCUUUUAGUCACACUUGUGGAACACUUUUGGAUUUUGAACUUGUGAUUAGGCUUGUUAAGAGGUUUGUUAGUUUGGAUAAUGAAGGUGCUAAAAGUGGUGCUGCUUUGGUUAAAGUUGCUAAGUUGGUUGAUUCUUAUCUUGCUGAAGCUGCUGUGGAUGCUAAUUUGAGUUUGAAUGAGUUUGUUACUCUUGCUGCUAUUCUUCCAAAUCAUGCUAGAAAUACUGAUGAUGGUUUGUAUAGAGCCAUUGAUACUUACCUAAAAGCACAUCCAAGUGUGUCAAAGCAAGAAAGAAAAGGCCUAUGCAGACUAAUAGAUUGCAGGAAACUAACACAAGAGGCAUCACUUCAUGCGGCGCAAAACGAACGGUUCCCGGUGAGAGCAGUAAUUCAAGUCCUUCUUUCUGAACAAACAAAGUUCAACAGACACAACAACAGUCACAACAUUGAUUGGAGUGGGUCCAUAAUGAGUAUAACCAGAAGUCCCACAAAUGGAUUUGGACUAGAAGCAGUUCCAACGGCAAGGUGUUUAUCGAAGCGCGAAAUGAAUGCUCAACACGUCGAGAUAAAGAAACUGAGGGAAGAUGUUCAUAGGCUGCAGAAUCAGUGCAAUGCAAUGCAAAUUCAGAUGGAGAGAAUGGUUGAGAAGAAGAAAGGGUUUUUUAAAUGGAGUAAGAGGUUUGGUGUGAGUGGUUUUGUGAAAGGAGAGAGUGUUGUGGAAGGAAGAAGAGGAUGUGGUGAUGGUCAGGUUGAGUUUGGAGGACAGACACCUGCACCGGCUGCUAGUUCUGAUAUGAAAACUAGGUUGGUUAAUGUCAAAGGUAGGACAACUCCUAAUAGGUGGAGGAAAUCUUUGUCUUGAAAAUGAUUACGGUUUUGAAUUGCGGUUAGAGUUAUGAUUGAGUCGCGAUACUUGAUAUUGCAGGAAAUUGAGGACAAAUGUGUGCGAGUGAGUGGAGUUACGAAUUACGAGCGAAAUCUCUAUAUUGCGAUCAGGUUGCAGACGGUCAUUUAAAAAGAGAAGGAUGCAUGGCAUGAUUGAAUUAGUUUAUAGUUUGUGUUUUAUUAUAUUAAAGAAAUUGAUUAAUGAAGUUAAUGUAGUUAAUAAGUUUGUUUGUUGAUGUUAGUGUUGUGAGGAGUAAGAUGCAAAAGUGUUGUAUUUGGAAUAUGAAUUAUGAGAAUGAAUCCAAGAAAUUCAAUGGCUUA